UAUUAGACUUAGAGCCAUUUUCUUAGUUGGUAUUGUUAUCCGUUCAAUUAAUUACUCCAUUAAAAUCCUCAAGUAAAGCAACCCCUAGUUUCCUAAUAAUCGUCCAUUGUGAAAUCAUAUUUAAACCCUUCAAAGAAGCUGAAUAGAACAAAACAAGCACCAACACUAACAUUGCAAAUCCAAAACACCAGUUCACAAAAUCAAGAAUUGAUGAGAAAAUGGAGGAAACAGGGCGUAAAGGAGUUCCAUUUCCAGGUUUUGAGAUGAGUGUUCACAACGACGACUGUGUAUUCCGGGGAUCUUUAAGCUGCCGUCUUCAGAGACGAGCUCCUUGUCCUCUCUUAGUACCACCAAGACCUCCUCCUUCCACCGUAGCUCCUUCCGCGUCUGCGUCUCUGCUCUGUCAAAACGGCACAGAUCCAAUCCCUCUAUUGUCCCCACUUGUUCUUCCUUCCAUGCUUCAACCUAAUCCCAUCACGACCUCUCGUUGACUCUUUCUCUUUCCAAUCUCUUAGGUUUUUGUUUUCUUUCUUUCCUGUAAUGACAAUGUUCUCAACUCACUUAUCUAUUUUAUCUUGGAUAAUUUUUGUUUUUAUUUGAUUUUUUUCAUAAUCUAGAUUAAAAAAAUGUCACUGUCUCUAUUCAGAUUCACAUUUUCUCGAGUCUCGACCCUUGAUUUUCUAUUUGUACAUUAAUCUGUCUGUUUUCAUUGACACAAUAAUAUUCCACCAAGGUUUUCUUGUUU